AGUUGGUCCCUUAUCGCCACCGGUAAGACACUGAGGAGGAGGUACCAUCAUGGCUACCACGGUAAGUUUUUCUGCCAUGCAAAUCUAUCCUAAACCAUGUUUUCCUUGAGUUUGAACUGGUCCUCUAAGUUCUUUUAAAAAGGUCGAAUAAUUUACAUUUGUGUAUUUAACUAUGUGUCUAUAUCGACCAGAAUAACGUCAAUAUAACAUGCAGUUUGCUACACGCUCCUUUUAGAACAUGUUGUACAAACGCAAAUUACUGUGGAAGGACUAUGUUCUAGUUAUCUACGAAUGUGGAGUUUAAAUUAGAUCUAGAAUUGAAUAGUAAUGUAGUCCAGUGUUUCUCUUUAUUUAAGGAUUAACAUUGUAGGUAGCCUACUCUUUAAAUGUGAUUAAAGAAGAUUAAGGUGACCUUCGUAAUCUGUCCUACAUUUGUUAGCUAGUUUAACUGUAUCCAUUUAACGUUAAUUAUUUCAAUCUAGAAGAUCCUGUUCAACAAGGUCAAUGUCUUUUCUCUGAUCAGGAUCAAAUUAAUAUUACAUUAAAAACAAAAAUAACCAUGAUUUAAGGUAAAAUACUGUUCUGAUAACUGUAUUUAUCAUGAUAAUUAGGGCUGGGACUUGCCAGGAACCUCACGAUAUUAUCACGAUACUUAGGUGCCGAUACGAUAUGUAUUACGAUUCUAGCUAUAGGCCUAUUUCGAUUCCAUACUGCGAUUUUAAUUGCGAUUUGAUGUUCCAAACAUAUUGCUCACUAUAUAGCUUCUCUGUAGGUUUUUCAAUGGUUAGCUUCGCCCACGGCUGGCUCCAUGUGAACUACAAUCAUGAUGUUGUGUUUUAAAGUUUAGAAACGUCAAUAAUCAUCAUGUCGCCGGUUUGAAACAUAUGGCCCUUAUAUCAGCGAUCAUCUUUGAAAUAAAAAAGAUACUUACUGCUGCAGAUUUGCAUAGAUCCAUACAGUGUGUGCCUCCAGCCGACGAACAACACUUCUGCUACACUUCCUCCCCAGUUAUGCUUAAACAGAUAGCCUAGCUCAGGGGUGUCAAACGUCCUGCCCACGGGCCGGAUCAGGCCCGCAAACGGGUUUAAUCCGGCCCGCGAGAUGAUUUUGUAAAGUAUAAAAAUGCGCUGCAAUUUUUCAAUAAAAUAAACUGCUGUUCCAAUUGCGUCCACUGGAUGAAUUAAGCAAGCAAACUGUUUAUACCGGGGCAGAGCAAGUACGUCAAGCUUGUGCAGCCAGUCCGGAUGAGCUACUUUGUUUUGCCCGCGAUAUUUAUUACGGCUUCUACUUUUAACAUUAUGUGCUUUGGCACCCUCAUUGCCCCAAUAUGUCUCUGUCAAAAAAGAGAAAAGUGGACGCAGAGUGCAGAGUGUUCCAAGAAAAAUGGUCAUCCUCCUAUUUAUUCACGGAAUUCAAUGGGAAAGCUGUAUGUUUGGUGUGUUCACAGCAUGUUGCAGUGCUGAAAGAAUAUAACCUUCGUCGCCACUAUGUGAGUCUUCAUGCCGACAAAUAUGACAACUUUCAAGGACAGCGGAGAAGAGAGAAGGUGAAUGAACUGUUGGCGGGUCUGAAGAAACAGCAGUCUGUGUUUACUCACAGCCGAGACAUCAGUGACGCUGCAGUGAAAGCUAGCUAACUCAUUGCUAAUGAAAUCGCAGUGGCUUCAAAACCAUUUAGUGAGGGUGAAUUUGUAAAAACAUGCAUGAUGAAGGCAGCGGAGUUUGUGUGCCCUGAAAAGCGUCAGGCUUUAGUAAAUAUCAGCCUGACAAGAAACAUAGUUGCAGACAGGAGUGGACUAGUCCCGCGCUGUCAGCCUGGCUACAGAUGGUGCGCCCUCAAUGAUCGGGAAAAAAGCAGGCGUUGUGACAAAGUUCAGAGAGAAAGUGCAAUCUGCAAAUGGAGGACGUGAUUUUUUGACUUUUCACUAUUUUGCACCAGGAGGCUUUGUGUUGCAAGUCAUUAAAGAUGGAUAACGUCAUGAAGGUGGUCAUCCAAACUGUUAAUUUCAUCCGAUCCAGAAGCCUGAAUCACCGUCAGUUUGACAGCCUUCUCAGAGAGAAAGACCACAUCUAUGGCCUGCCAUACCACACUGAGGUAAGAUGGUUAAGCCGAGGUGCUGUGCUGAGGCGUUUCUUUGAUUUACGAGAAGAAAUUGAACAGUUCAUGGAAGAAAAGGAGUGUUAGAAUUUCAUUCCGCAGAAUGGAUGCAGGACCUUGCAUUUAUGGUGGAUGUUACAGAGCACCUGAAUAACUUGAACAAACAGCUGCAAGGGCGCAACAAAGUUGUCACGCAGUAUUAUGACAGCAUACGUUCUUUCAAGUUGAAGCUGUCAUUGUGGGAGAUGCAACUUGCCGGUGGUGAUGCAGCUCACUUCCCCUGUCUGAAAAAUGUGUGCGCGACCCAACAUGUGGCAGACAUGAAGCGGUUCAAAGAUAAAAUAACGGGACUGUUACGGGAGUUUGAGCAACGUUUUCAGAUUUUUGGUGAACUGGAGAAAGACUUCAAUGUUUUUUGCUCGCCAUUCACCAUGAAUCCCUCUGAUCUGCCCGUCAGCAUCCAACUUGAAAUAAUAUACUUGCAGUGUGACUCGGAUUUGAAGGGCAAAUUUGCCGCAGCUGGCUUGGACACAUUUUAUCAGAGUCUCUUGCCAGGUUACCCCAACUUGACAGCCCUCGCUGCAAAACUGUUGUGCAUGUUUGGAACCACAUAUCUUUGUGAGCAAGUUCUCUGUAAUGAGCAUAAAUAAAACAAAGCUGCGCUCAAGACUCACGCACAAGCACUUGAAUCACAUCCUGAAGUUGGCUGCCACUCAGGAUGUGACGCCUGAUAUUGAUGUGCUGGUGAAAGCUAAAAGAUGCCAGGUAUCAGGAGUCAAAUAAACUAUGCAACCCCACUUAAAGUGCUGCAUGAGACACACUGAUAUAGUUCUGUGAUCUGUGAUAUACUUCUGUGAAUCACUGAGGCAUUGUGUGUUUGUGUGGUCUUUGUCCUCAGAACUUUCAAAUAACUUGGUGUUUUAUGAUUAAUAGUGAUGUUGUGCUUUUGGACACACUGUCCUCAGGCUCCAGCUUUAUGUUUUUAUGUUGAUGUGCUAUUGUUUUUAAUUGAUUUUAUUUUAUUUGUAUAUUUAACCUAUUCUUGACUCUGUGGUUCUUGCACUUGUUUGGGGAACAGGAUUUCAUAAUUUAUCUACAUUUCUGCCUGAGAAAUGACACCCUGAUAUAGUUCUGUGAUCUGUGAAACAGUUCUGUUAAUCACUGAGGCAUUGUGUGUUCUUUUUCUUUAGAAUUUUCAAAUAAACUUGAGGUGUUUUAUGAUUAAUAGGGAUGUUGUGCUUGUACUAUUUUGGACACACUGUCCUCAGGCUCCAGCUUGAUGUUUUAUGUUGAUCGUACUAAAACAAAGAAAACAAUCUGAAGUUGUUGUUUUUAAGUUAUAUAUAUAUAUACCAUGAUUUUACCGGUCCGGCCCACUUGGGAAUAUAUUUUCCUCCAUGUGGCCCCUGAGCUAAAAUGAGUUUGACACCCCUGGCCUAGCUAAUUAACCCAGGUGGUCGCCUCUUGUCUUCCGUAAACAAGCGCUGUAACAUGGAGAUAUGGCCGUGUGGGAACACUAACCCUGUAAAGGUGUGUAGUAAUUGAACCUAUUGUUUUUCUGAAAUAAUUUCUUGUUGAUAUGAAGGAUACGUUCCUUAUGUCUCAAAAAACCGUACCGCAAGCGAUGCUUUGGUAACGUUCAGACCAAGCGUCGGGGCUCUUAACAACAUUUCCCAAGGAAGAUGAUGUUAUCGUCAAUGAAUGGGCUAACUAUAUGUCUGCUGAAAAUAGACACGAGAGAGAAAAUGAGUUUUGAUCAGUCAGGGAAAUAAAAGUGCUGAAAACAUGUUGGCUCACUAUUUAAAAAGAAGAUGGUGAACAAAUUUAUAAGAUGAAGAAUACCGGCAUUUUGGACGACUAACAGUAGCAAAAAAAUACAAAUCGAUACUUGGAUUCAAAUAUCGAUGUAAUAUGGCUGGCACAAAACGGGUGUAAGCCUAUAUUUUAUUGGAUUCAACUGUGCUUCAUCAAUAACUGUUGAGAUGUGAAUAUCAGACAGGAAAACCACUUUAGGCCUAUCCUGACAAAGGUCUGUGUUGUUGUUUAUGUGUGUCUGCAGGUAGUGAAGCUGGCAGUGAUCCCAGCAGCAAUGGGAUUGGCCUCGUUUCGAGUUUAUGCCAUGAGUCAGGACAAAACAGAGACUGUGCUGCUCUCCCCUAGAGAGGUAAUCUAAGGACCAAGAUGUAGAACUUACUCAAGAACAGUUACUUAUUUCUCGUGUGUUUUAGUUCUACUUUACUUUUUUAUAAAUGUUUUAUAGUACUACUGAUAUUGAUUACUGCAUUGUUCGGAAAGAGCAAGCAAGAAAGGCAUUUCACUUUGCUUGUGCACGUGACAAUGAAAACUUGAACCAGUGAUGAACCAAAAAUUGCCACCAGUGAUGAUCCUAUUGAUCUAUUGUACUGUCCUCAGUUGUCCAUCUAUGCUCCAGACCCUCCAGCAACGCACUACAUGGAUGAGCAGCCUGGAGCUCUGCAGAGUGGGCUGGGGGUGGUCCGGGUGGGGCUGCAGCCAUACGUUAGAGCCGUUAAGGUAUUGAAACACUAACUGGCUCAGAUGGCCUCUAUCACUGCUGGUUAUGUCGGCUAAUGUUGAAUAUUCAUCAAUAUAGAUUUUUAAGAAUUACAUGCUGGAAGUUUGGAGUGGAUCUUUAGUUCAGUUAUAGUAAACAUCUACUCUUACUGAGAACUCUCAUUUUGUGUUAGAUGCCAUGAGAUCAAUAGAAGGUGAGGAACUUUCUCAAAAUGGCUGCUUUUGUGGUAUAACUCUAGUAAUAUCUCAGCUCUAUUGGUUUGUUUUGCAAACAAGUUGUAUUUUGUGCUAAUUUCUGACCAUUGUUUUUCCAGAAUGCUUAUACCUCUGUCAUGGUUGGAGCUGUAACAGGCUAUACUGCUGGACAUGGUGAGGAGUGGGGGAGUUCUGUUGACACAUGAGUAGGUCUGUUCUGCUAUCUCUGCAAAACCUUUUUUCCAUGUUUAUUUUACCUAGAUACAUAUGAGUUCCUGAGAGAUCCUCCUCCUGGUUUUAUCCCGAGGGUCGGUGUAAUCACAGUCUCUGGGUUAGCUGGUCUGAUCCUGGCAAGGAAAGGUAAUGAGUUGCCGCAUUAAAGAUAUUGCACGACCUCCGCUGUUCAGGAGAAUGUAACAUUACAGAUAGUUCAGAUAGAAAUGUAUUGUGUAAAACUGAUAUGAUUGUCUCCGAUAAAAUAGGGAAUUGGGUCCGCUUUAAUCAUUCUAUAUCUAUCUGCAAUGUACAGAACAUUUCACAUCACUGAAUACAGCCCAGAUUAUUGACCAGCAGUUUAUUAUAGAUGAUCCGAAAUGUACACGUUGCAGUAAAAUGUCUAAAUAAGCAGGUUGCCAAAUGUCUCUUUUGGUAUCAUGUUCCACUAUGUACAGUAGCUGACUGGUUCUUUCUCUGCAGGGUCACGUCUGAUGAGGCUGGGGGUUCCUCUGGGUAUGGCCACUAUUGGCAUGGCCGUGUGCUACCCCACUCAGACAGUGGGUGUUGUAAAGGUACAGUAAUUCCACAGAUUAAUGCACUGGGACACUUUUGCCUCAGCUUCUUUUUGAGUGUCACUAAGGCCUUUUUACACACUAUUAAAUCAAUCCAAUGCCAUGAGAUCCAAUACUUUAGACUGUUUAGACACCUUUUGUAUUAUUGCACAAUAUCACGUUUUUUAAAUGCAGAUGUAUGUACAUUUUUGUAACAUCCAUGUGCAUAUGAGCUAAAAUUAGAGCAGAAACUUUUGGAUUCCCUGUGUUAUGCCACAGAGGCCUAACAAUGUGUUUCUGUUCUUCUGCAGAUGACGGGGCAGAAGAUGUAUGCAGUAAGCCAGUGCACUACAUCAUCUGUGGCAUCAAUAUUUAAAUCAAAGCCCAAAGAAGUAACUCCCCCAACUGUCAGUCUUGAGGUACAACAGACUAUUGACAUUAUAGAUGCUUUUUUCAUCUAGUCUCUGUUCUCAUAUUUAAAUCGUUUUCACUGUGGAAAACGUGUGUACCAGCGUUCUAGCUAGGUCAAUGAUUCAUAGAUCUUACAAACUGUUUAAAGCUCUCUCAGGAGUUGAAAAGUUGAGUUUGAACAGCAUAUUUUUAUGGAUUAAACACAGCUUGACCAAAGUUUUCCUGUUUACAAGCAGCAAGCCCCACCAGCUCCCAUCCUUGAGCCAGAAGUGUCAGAGGCAAAGCCCCUCCCUGAAGCUGAAUCAUCUGAACCAGCCACGCCUGCAGUUGACAAGGCUUCCCCCACUGAACCUAGUUCUCCCCCAGCCCCCGUAGAGGGUGCUCCAUCUGAGGCUGAACCUGCCCCUCAGCCCACCACAGAGGUGAACCCUGCAGAGGGUUCUAUUGACACUGAACCUCCUGCAGCUGAACCUGAGGCAGUCACAGUGGUGGAGCAAGAGGCUGUUCAGAGGGCCCUUGUGCCUGCCCCUGCCGAAGAGGCUGCCCCUGCCGAAGAGGCUGCCCCUGCCGAAGAGGCUGCCCCUGCACCUCCUGCUGAGGAAGCUGCUGCUCCACCUGCUGAAGAUAUUCCUCCACCUGCCCCUGCUGAGGCUGUCCCUGCACCUCCCCCAGCAGAGGAAGUUAUUCCUCUCCCACCUCCUGCUGAAGAGACAGAGCCUCCACCACCUGCACCUGUUGAGGAGGAAGCUGCUCCUUCACCUCCUGCAGCUGAAGAUACUGUACCUGCUCCUGUUGAGGAGGCUGCUCCUCCAGCUACAACAGAGGAGCCAUCUGUGAUUGUAAUAAAAACUGCUGGUGAGUCACACAAAUCAAUGUGAAGCAGUGGAGGCUGGUGGGAGGAGCUAUUGGAGGACGGGCUCAAUGUAAUGGCUCGAAUGGAACGGAGUCCAACGUGGUUUCCGUAUGUAGGAUACCAUUUCAUUUAUUCAAUUCAAGCCAUUACAAUGAGCUCGUUCUCCUACAGCACCUCCCUCCAGCCGCCUCUGAGAAUAUAUUUUAAUCUAAACAGUUGGAUUCAUCUUCUUUAUCAGAUAUUGAUGUCCACUAUAAAAUAAUAUUUUUUAUAUUUCCAGGGAAACCCAAAUUUGCACCAGACCCUAAGCUAGUUGACCUGGGCCAGGCCAACCCUGAGGAUGAGGACCUGUACAGUACGCGUGGAUGA